CGACAGCACAAAGCAUUAGAAUAACGACAACGUGGGAAGAACAUACCACAAGACGCGGGGUCUAAACCGUGUGUGACACAAGGCAGAAGUCGGUAGUCUGUGCGGGCGAUUGAUCUUAUCUGGCAAGAAACCCCCGCAGCGGAGAAUUGUGAUCGGAAUCGCAUUCACCCAAGCCUGAUCACUUUACUGGUUGUAAUAUUCGCUUCGAAGAAGCGUGACCAAGAUGGCAAUUGAACCAGCAAGCAACAAGUCAGCGGAAACCUCUGACCUUGCCCAACUGUGGCAGGACGCCGUGGAGGACUAUGAGAAGAGGACCGGGAGAAGCCUUCGACUGGGGCAGUUUAGAAGUAUGAACGAUGUAAUGAGUGGGACUGAAGGUCUCGCGACCAAAUUCAAAGACUUUCGCGACGAUAAGUCCAAGAUGGCCAAGGUCCGCACCGCAUUGAAAAACAAUAUGUGGAUCAUCCAGAAAGUCGUCAAUACCGUUCAGUCGGUCGGAACCGCGGUUUCAGCAUUUCCUCCUGCUUUCCCCGCCAGUUUGAUCUUCACGGCCUUUGGCCAAGUCAUGCAGUCAUUUGCAGAUACCUCUGCCGACUAUGACAAGAUCAUGGGAUUUUUCGAGUUCACACAUCGCUUCUUCGAUCGGCUUUCGAUCAUCGAUGAGAGGAUGCCUGCUCUACCUCAGUUUCAACGAUGCGUCACGCGCGUCUUCUCUAGCAUCCUCAAAAUCUGCGCCGUUGCGCAGAAGUACGCUGCUGAGAAACGAUUCAAAAAAUGGUUCGAGAACUUGGUCAAAGGGGCCGAUGGAGAUCUUACUGCAGCAAAUAGUGAGAUGGAGGAAGCCAUCAAUGAGUUGAGCCAGGCCGUGGGUCUAGCAACUUUGAGAACGGUGGAGAUCAUCGACGAGGUACUUCAAAGCAUGGAUGGAAAGGUGGACUUCCUUGUCGCCAAUGCUACCGUCCUCGAUGUGCGAACAGAGGCGAUCCAGUCCAAUACCAAUGCCAUUAUGGAACAAAACCAGAAUCUCGGAACGAAACAAGAUACGAUGACGCAGUUGCAGAAGGAAACGCUGGAGAUGGUGAGCGAGCAAUCUCGGCUCUUCAAUAGUGUGGUUAGCUACUUUGGAUCUGUCCAGAUGGGAGAGAAUUUUGGUGACAGCUUCAAGACCAGCGUGCUGAAACUGGGGGUGGUGAGACUGCGACUGGCGCGAUGGGGUCAGUCCGUCGGCCUUGCCAACAUCGAUGAUGUACACUCCCUGGAGAAGUCAAAGCUGUCUCCCGACGAUAUACCUCGAGUAUCCGAGCUUCUAGACGGAAUUCUUGAUCAGUUUGCGGAUGCAGAGAGAAUCUCGAAGCGAUUCCAGCUGCGUCAUCGGAACGCGACGGCUGUUCUUGACCCCACCAGGGACUUGGAUAGUGUCGCUGCAUCUCUGCAUCAAAAGAUGAAUGAUCUUUCUAUUCGGCACCAGGGUAAAGCGGAUGCGGAGCCCAAAGCAGAGUUGACCCUCUACGAAGAAAAGAACUUCACGCGGCUGAUUGAGGACAUCGGUGAGUUGGUCAACGACCUGGUCGAGUUGUUCCCGGGGGUGGAGGACGCACAACGCAAGCUUGCCGAGGAAGAAGUGUCGGAGAUGAAGAACAUCAAGGGCGCACUACCCAUUCUGAAAGAGGUCGCUGCCGAUCAGGAUGAUCUGUUGAGCGAGACUGUUGUCAAGGUCAUUCAACAGACAUCGACGACAACAUAUACGAACUCGGUGGUUUUCUCGGGGAACAACUCGGGAUUUCAAGUCGGGAAUAACGCAGGGAGGAUCAGCAACGUGCGCUGGAACUGAGGUGAUGGAAUCUUAGUGGUUUGUCGACAGGGGUCUUUUCAUUCGAGGUUCAAUCAGACUCAGCCAAACUUGUUCGGAGAUGAUAGUGAAUUGAGUCAGUAGCAUUGAGGCACGGUGUGUGGUGAUGAAAAAGGGAGAGUCGCUGCUUCCUUACUUAAAAAGCGCACGAUCCUUCCGUCUUGGAGCCCCCAAGGGAAAGUGAUUUACAUGUAUGAUCCAACGAGUUAAGAAGUGGCUUGAGAACCUUGGGCAUAAAUCCCCUUUGGCAUUGGUAUCACCAUUCAACUACCCCGAAGAACCCGACAGUUCCGUACCGCGCAUACAGACAGACUCGUUAAGACGCACAUUGUCAAGAUUAGAACAGACUAUCGAUGCCCUCGAGGCAGAUCCAAGAAACCAACAAAACAUUCAG